GGAUGAAUGGAGGGGUGGAGGGAUGGGUGGGAGUAUGGACAAAUGAGUGCAUGCAUGCAUGGAAAUGGGGAUAGAUGCAAUCAUGCAUGGAUGUAUAGAUGUGUGGAAGGAUGGAUGGAUGGAUGAAUGGAUGGAUGGAUGGAUGGAUGGAUAGAUGGAUGGACGGACGGACGGACGGACGGACAUGCUAACAAUAUGGGGUUAAAUUGAUGCAUGGAUGCGUGGGUGGGUGGAUGUGUUUAUAGAUGGCUGUGAAGAUGAAUACAAUUGUGUGCAUGGGUGGAUGCAGGUAGAGAUAGAGGGAAGUGUGCAUAAGUGGAAGGAUGUAUAGAUGGAUGAACGGAUGGAAGGAAGGGGGUAAGGGAGGAAGGAAUGGUGGCCAUCUGAAUGGAUAACGGAUGGGUUUGUGGGGGGGUGGGUGCCCCCAGGGCAGCAGGCAGCAGCAGAGGAGGCCCCACACAGGAGCUUUUGCAGCCCAUUGAUUGCACACUCACCUCGUUGAGCACAUGGGCAUUGCACAGCUGUGUGCACGUGAGCUCAUUCAUGCACACAGGUACCUGCACCCACACACACCCACAUGUGCACAUGCAUCCCCACACAGAUGUGCACCUCCACACUUGUGGAGGGGAAACUGAGGCACGGAGCAGCUCCGACCCCAUCCCACAGCCCAGCCACCGCCUGCUCUCUGUCUUCCCCAAACCCCAAAUCCUCCCUAACGAGCUCCAAGCCGGCAGCAGGGCCAUGGCCGGCCCCGUGCCCCCGCACCAUCCCCGUGCCCCACAAGCAUUGAUUGUGCCCCACACCACCGUGGCCCCUCCGCGCCCCCCGGCCGCCCACCUCCGCCUCGCUCUGCAGAGCAAACAGCCGCGGGCUCGGCUGCGCAUCGAUUCUGUGAGAGCUGCUGUUUGCUUAACCUUUGCAGAGAGCGGCAGGCGCGCGGCACGAGGAGAUGCUGCCUCUCAGCUUUGUCCUUCCCCAUCCUUCAGCUGCUAAUGGGGCUUUGCUUGCUUGGCUGAGGGGCUGCGAUGGCCCACGAGCAGGGGAUGGGGACAGGGAUCCCCCUGGGGUCUCUUCUUGGACUACUCAGGAUGUUGUCCCCACUCGCACGGUGCUGUAUGUGUGGGGUGAUGCUCCUGGUGCUGGCACCAUGGGAACGCGGCACUUUGGGGUGGUGGGUUUGCUACGGGAUGGGGUUGUUUGGGGUGGUGGCCAUGCUGGUAGGUACAUGGUUGUAUGAGGUGGUGGCUGUGCCCUGGAGAUGAAUUGAUUUGGGUCCAUGGCCAUGUCAAUAGGGAUGAGGUAGUUUGGGCUGGUGGCUACGCCAUAGGGAUGUGGUAGCCUGGGUCUGUGCCAAUAGGGACAUGAUGUUUUGGGGUGGUGGCCAUGCCAUGGGGACAUGGUGGCCUGGGGUGGUGGCUGAGCCAUGGAAAUGCAAUGGUUCGGGGUGGUAUCCAUGCCAAUAGGGACAGUUUGGCUUGGGGUGGUGGCUGUGCCUGUAGGGACAUGGUGUCUGUGCCUGUAGGGACAGGAUGGAUUGGGAUGGUGGCUGUGCCAUGAGGAUGUGAUGUUUUGGGGGUGAUGGCUGCGCCAUGGGGACGUGCUGCUUUGGGGUGGUGACUGUGCCGUGGAGAUGCAGUGGUUUGGGGUGGUGGCCAUACUAUGGGGUGGUGGGUUGGCCUGUAGUGGUGGCCCUGCUCCGGGGACAAAGUGACAUCAGCACGCGUUGUCUGCACACAGCAGAGUCCCAUUAUCCCUCUGCACGAGGCGGGUGCUGUGAUUCAAUCCGGGGGUGUCCAACGGGGCCCCUCCGUGGCCGCACCACCCCAGUCCCCAUCCCCGUGCACAGCUCGCUGCCACCCGUGGGAGCGCUGCGCCGGAGGGUGACUCACGGAGCCCGUGGCCUCGCCGAGGCGUAUUUUUAGGAGCUCAUUAAAAAAGAAAAGAAAAGGAAAAGGGAGAGGGAGGGAAGGAGAAAGGAGCGGGGAAGCGGCGGCGCGGCGCAGUUCUCCUCGUGGUGACCGCUCGUGGGGACGCGGGGACAGCGCAGGGGCUGCACCCCGACCCCAAAAUGCUCUGAAAGCCCCCAAACCCCCCACAGCCAACGGCACGGCUGCGUGUCCCGGGGCCGUGGUGUCACUCCGAUGGGUGUCACCGCUCCCCGUGUCCCCAUUGCGAUUCGGCCGCGCCGCCCGCGGGGGCUGUCAGUUCCCAUCGCGUCUCGAUGCCGGCUGUGACAAGCGGCCGCUCGGCCCCGCAGCCCCCGGUGCUCGGCUGCACAACGCGGGGUGACACGCGGCGGAACGCGGCCACCGAAGCCCCGGGCGCGGAGCUGGGUGUGCCAGGGGGCUGCGUCCUCGCCGUCACCGUCGCGGCCGUGUGUGUUUGUGUUUGUAUGUGUGUCUGUGUGUGUGUGUGGCAUUAAUGGGGACGGGGCGCUCAGCUCCCACCAGCAGCGGCCGCCCCGGUGUGGGGCUGGGGGGGGGUCGAGGUGAUGGGGCGGCGUUGGGGCCGUGGGGUGAUGGUGGCCGCGUUGGGGCAGCGUGGCACUGCGGCCCCACGGGCUGCUUUGGGGUGUAGGUACAGCCCUGUCCCCAUUGAUGGGACAACGGGGCGCUGUGUCCAUCGGGGUGUCCUGUGGGGCUGUGGGGCGCUCAGUGGGGCGGGUUCUGAUGUUGGUGCUGCCGUCUGUCCCCUCGGUGUGUGAUGUAUCCCCGUGUGUCCCCUUGCUGUCCAACCGCGUGUCUCCGUGUGACACGCGUCUCCCCGUGGGCUGUGAGCACCGUCCCCACGUGUCACGGGUUGCGGUGCUUUGGGCUGAGCCGCCCCUCGUCCCAGCGGGUGAUACAUGGGGGGCACAUGUGGGACAUGUGGGUCAGGGGCUGCCGGAGCUGCUGACCCCAAUGUGCCACGCGUGGGUGCCCCGAGGCCGCCCCCCCCCCCAUGGCCGCACCGGGUGGGGGCGUGCCAACACGGUGGGCGUGGCUUCGCGCUGCCAGGACGGCGCUGAGGACCAAUCAGCGCGCAGAGGGGGCGUGGCCUGGAGGGAAGUGGGCGUGUCUCUACUGGGACUGGGCGUGGCUACACCGGCGGUGGGCGUGGCCACAGCGGCAGUGGGCGUGGCCUGGCGCGGGGUGGGCGUGUCCGGGCUCGGAGCGCCCGGAGCUCAGCGGAGCGGAUCGGAGCGGAGCGGCACCGCCGAACCCCGAACACAGCGCCCCGAACCGCCCCCGAACCGGCACCAUUCCGGCCCAGCGAGCAGCCCCGGCCGGGCGGCGGCUCAGCCUCGGCCGUAAAACUUUGCUGGCGGCCGCCGCGGGGGUGGUGAUGGUGCUGCUGCUCGUCGUCCUCAUCCCGGUGCUGGUGAGCUCGGCCGGCACCUCGGCGCACUACGAGAUGCUGGGCACCUGCCGCAUGGUCUGCGACCCCUACGGCGGCACCGCGCCCGGGGGCGGCCCGCUGCCACCGCCCUCCACGCUGGUGCAGGGGCCGCAGGGCAAGGCGGGCAAACCGGGCAAACCGGGACCGCCGGGACCCCCCGGAGAGCCGGGACCGCCGGGAGCCGCGGGGCCGCCGGGGGUGAGGGGAGAAGCGGGCAAACCGGGACCGCCCGGGCUGCCGGGUCUGGGGGGGACCGGGGCGGUGAGCACGGCCACCUACAGCACGGUGCCCAGAGUCGCCUUCUACGCCGGCCUGAAGAACCCGCACGAGGGCUACGAGGUGCUCAAGUUCGACGACGUGGUCACCAACCUGGGCAACAGCUACGACGCCGCCUCGGGGAAGUUCACCUGCCCCAUCCCCGGCAUCUACUUCUUCACCUACCACGUCCUCAUGCGGGGCGGAGACGGCACCAGCAUGUGGGCUGACCUCUGCAAGAACGGGCAGGUUCGGGCCAGCGCCAUCGCGCAGGAUGCGGAUCAGAACUACGACUACGCCAGCAACAGCGUCAUCCUGCACCUGGACGCGGGUGACGAGGUCUUCAUCAAGCUGGAUGGGGGCAAAGCCCACGGCGGGAACAACAACAAGUACAGCACCUUCUCGGGCUUCAUCAUCUACUCGGACUGAGCCUGGACCCACGGCAUCACAUCAUGGCAUCGCCCCAUGGCAUCGCUCCAUGCCCACCCAGCCCCACAGCAUCCCCAUGUGCAGCCCUAUGGCCGGCUGUGGGGCCCAGCAGCCCCCUUCCCCAUCACCCGCUCACCCCAUUGCUGCUAAUUCGGGGCGGGGGGAGCAGAGGGGCGUUCCCCUGGCUGUGACCCACUUGAUGUGGGUCUGGAUGCGGUGCCUCGCGCCGGGGGAGCUGCCCGGCCCCGGGUGACUCCAUGGUAAAGCAGAGCUGUGACCUCC